AUGACAACGCCAUCUAACAAAUCGAUCCCGAUGGCUCAGUCUUCUACCUCACCCGCUGCGGCGACAGCGUCUGCCAUCCUCGAGAAAACUCACCCAGGCGUGCGCCGUUCCACCCCGGACUCGGAUGCAUUGGCUUCCUCUGAUGAUGAUGGAGACCAUGGACCGCAGACUCAAAACACCAUCCCCCCUACCACCAGGCCACCCGUCCGUCGCACUUCGUGGUUGAAUGAAGUGCCACUUUCCGCUCAGCGUAAACAUUCGCUGCCUGGAGGCCACCUUUCUUCUGCACCAUCGAACCCUACAAGCCCCGCUAGUGAUCAGGCACCAUGGGCGACAACUACGAGCCCAGGUCUUGCCGGAUCUUUCAAUUGGAAUCAAACCGGAGGAAGCACAUUUCCCUGGGGCACAGGCACAGGCAUCUGGAACACUGAAUCACGCAAGGAACCGCCUUCUCGCUUGGCAGAAAUGAUACCCUCUCCGACCAUGACCAACCCACCUCCGGCGAGCAACGUGCCAGAGGAAAUGCUGAGCCCAAUAACCCGUACUAUCUCUGGUGAAUCUGCCAUUCCAUUCUCCAUCCCGUUACAACCAACUCUUAAAACCUACCGCUCUCAGUCAUAUUCUGUUGGUCAGAUGGAUCCUGAAUUCCUCAGCCUCGCUGCUAGCAAGGCCGGUGCGGCUCCUGCUGCCGGUGCGCAAUACCCAGGAAGUCGCUCCCGGGGUCCAGGCCAAAUGUCUGCUGUUCAGCCUCGAGCAUCACGUCCUAGUAUGCUCGGUGAAUUAGGACACGAUACUGCAAUGCUCGGUCGAGUCCGCGAGGAUGAUGAUGGCGACGAGAGUCUCAACGGCUCGGAAAACGAUAUGAGCUACUCAGCGAGUCAGGCACGGCAGAUCGAGCAGCUGGCGCGUGAGAACGCACUCUUACGGCAAGCAGCUGCGGCAGGCCAAAUGGAUAACAGAUACCGUGAGCGGGCCGGAUCAGCUGCAUCAAUCGGUGGAGGUGGUCAUCCACUGCAUCGCAUUCGAGGCGGUGUUCCCGAUGGAGAUUUGGUUGAAGAAGAUCCGGGAGAAUUGCGUGAUAUCACGGGAUACAACAAUAUGCGUGGCAAUUCUCGACGCCGUUUCUCUGAGCAUCUGUCGCACCCAGAACAGCAGUUUACGUCCUUUGCCUCCCCGUUGGAGAAUCGUGCUCUAGAUAAUGUCCGCAAGGCUCAUUGGCAGACGUCUCUCGGCUUCGGUGGCAUGUCUGACAUGCCUCAAAGUCGCCGACACUCUUUCGCCGAGAUUCCGAUGCGCCAUGGCUCAAUCGGUCCUGCGGACUCGCAUUCGACCGCCACUCCUCGUGCAACCAUGGGAGACCGUGAUGACGGAUAUGGUAACCUUAGUGACUAUUCCAACCAACCCUACUACUCCCGUGAACAGACCUUGCGUGGAGAUGGCUCCUCGGGUAUCCCACCAUCUCUCAGCCAAUAUGCGAUGUCGGGUGCAUAUGGUCGGCAACCAUCCGCAUCGUCGCACGCUCAUCAAAAUCAGCUUUUGUACAUUGUCGCAUUCAAAUGCAGCCGCGCAGACGUUUUCUACAUCCAAGAAGAUACCGGUCUCCAAGUGAAAGAUGGUGAUCUAGUCAUUGUGGAGGCUGAUCGGGGAACGGAUCUGGGCACCGUCAUUCACGCGAACAUAUCACUCCAACAGGCACGGGAGUUGAAGCAGCAUUACGCGGAAGAGCAUUACAAGACCCUCAUGAUCUUCUCUAGACACGGCCAGCCUGAAGCGUCCAACCUCACCAACCCCAACACGGGCUUGAACACUCGAAGUGCCACAGGUGGCAUGGGUCCCCAUGGUCCUCACAGUGCCCAGGAACCCACCACAGACCUCAAACCCAAGCUUAUCAAGCGGUUGGCGCAGCCACAUGAGGUCUUAACUUUGCACGAUAAGGAGGGAAAUGAAGCCAAAGCCAAGCGGGUCUGCCAGCAGAAAGUGGUUGAGCACCGGCUUAAUAUGGAGAUCCUCGAUGCCGAGUUCCAAAUGGAUUGGAAAAAGCUGACCUUUUACUACUUUGCUGAUUCGUACAUCAACUUCAACUCGCUGGUGACUGAUUUGUUCAAGAUCUACAAGACUCGCAUCUGGAUGUCCGCUAUCAAUCCCGCCUCGUUUGUCACACCCCCUACGGCUGGCCUGUCAGGCCCCGGCACUAUGCCCAACCCCCUUUAUGGCCAGGAAGCAGAUCGUCGCCACCAACUUGAAAGCAGAUCCUAUGGCGGAGCGCGCGAUUCUGUCGACUCAGGCCGAGAGAUGCCAAACCCCGUAGGCAUGCUUCGCCCAUCCUACGGAGAGUCAUACCAGCCGUUGUCUCAGCCACCCCAUCACGCAGAUGGGCCUCAUUCGGAUAUAUUUGCUCCACAGGUGCCAUCCAACUUUGGUCCUGCAGAUUCAUUCGAAUACCCUGGCAACCUCGGCAGCUCCAAUGGAUCUUCACGCAUGCACCCAGCGCAGGGCGAAUGGAUCAAUCGAUUCCAGGGCCUAUCGCUCAACUCCUAA